AUGUCUGAGUCUAUUUACAUCUCGCAGUCUAUUCGCAGUGGGUUUGAAUGGCCUCAGAGAUUCUCUGAAAAAGACGCAAUAGCAAAAGAUUCCGAAAACAAGCCGUGGCUAGCUUGUCAAGAAGAGUUCAACUCAUCCAGGGACGCCAUCAGCGUUUUUCUUGAGUUUGACGACGACGAUGUAAGAUAUCAUGGACGUGUUAGUCCUGUCCUGGAUAUUUGCCAGAAUUUAUGUCUUCACGAUCUUUCCCAUCUCGAAUCUCCUAAUAAAGAUCAGAGAGUAGCUUGGCUGAUAGACGGCCAACUUGUGGAUGAGGAGAUCAACUUUCGAGAGUGCUUGGGAUUUUUGACUGCCAGUCAACUUACUGAAGCGUUGUUGAAACCAGCGCUUACUACCGACAGCGCUGAACAAGAUAUGGCACAUGAGAUGAUAAUCAGCAGUGACGAGAUUCCACGCUUCGACGCUGAACGUCGCCUACUGCAAAGCUUUUGGGAAGAUCUUUCCACAAGCACUUGUGUUCUAGAACUUCGAUUGGAGUAUCAUUCAUGGCGAGAUUUUUCUCUCAAAGCCGGCAACUUUGACCCGGUUAUUUGCGCUAAGAGGUACAUGCGUUAUCACCAGGCUAAUGGCCCUCAAAAUUUCUCUUUGGAAUUCUACCUGCCAUUUCGAGUCUGGCGGAAAACAAAGCACCUCAUCAAAGACGAAAGGAUCAAGAUAUCGGACAAUGAACCUCUCAGAUCAUCAAGAGAUGUCCCCUACUUGAUGCCUCCUGGGAAUGGGGAUGAAGGUGAUCAUGUCCACGGCAUCUACUCAGGUCACAUUGCGUGUGCUGUCAGCGGCCAUGAUCAUUGGAGAUGGACAGCCUACUUUGCCAUCGAUACCUGGUUUGACGAGAACGAAGGCAUGAAUGAACAGGUCACACGUUACGAUAAUGACAGAGAAGAUGGGUUCGAGUGGGAUCCCUGCAGCGAAGGACAAGACGAUGCCAAAAAGCCACAUUGGUAUCCACGCAUUUGGUUCCCCCGCAUCUUUGGCAUUCGGCUCGACCAAAUCAAGGAUGAAUGGGAGUCUAUAUGCCUUCAUUUAGGGCAGAAUCUCGACAGAGAGGAUCGGAAAUACAAUGUUCUUCUCCAAAAAGCACGACGAUCCCCGGAACAUACCGCCACCAAACAGCAUAUGAAUCAAAUCAACGCCUUGUGGAGAUCAGUUUUAGAGUCUAGGGAUGUUCUACAAGACCUGAUCAGUGCCGUUCAGGAGACGGUCAAGGUCGGGGCGUCUUUCCUAUCAACGGAAGUGAACUUCUUUCUCAACUUCGACGGAAAGCCGGGAGAUGCCUCAGUGUUACCCAUAUCUUACUCAAAAUCCGACUGGAAAGCUACCAGGCCAGUCUUAGAGGAGAGAUUAGCUUUCAAGUCUAUCACUGACCUGGAAUUGAUACAAAUGAGAUUGAAAAAUGGUCAACUUCUUGCUAUCGGACCUGGAGAUGUUGGAGAAGUUCGGGUUCUCGCAUUUAGCACACUUCUCACGCGGGCGUUCUCCCAGACUACGGCACUGUUCAGCGCAGACGGUGUCAUCGCGUUCACAAAAAACUGGCAAACAUUUCUGAUAUCCCUUCUCGUCGCCUAUGGCAUUAAUCUUACGAUUGGGUCCGCGUUUCUAAUGUGGAUUCGGAGGGCUCGUCGAAAAGUGCAAAAUCUGUUGAGGCCAGAGCCAGUACUGCCUGUUAUGCAGCCUACACCAAACUUCGGCGCUGCCUUCGCUGUUACAUUGAGAUCAAGCAGCGAGAUUGUGUCUCAAGGUAUUUCCACACACGUAUCUUCAACAAGCUUCAACGAUGAUGGCGCCAUGUUCCAUAGUCGGCGUCGAUUGUCAGACAGACUUUGGGUGCGCUAUAGGCGAACUGCAAGGGUAGACGAUGUUGAGCUCGGGGACAGGAAUGUUUCAGUUGUUGAGGAAUUAACAUGA